AUGUCAAAGCCAGAUGCACUUGAACAGAACUUGCAACUAAUCCUCAAGGACCGGCAAACAAGAGGCUGGCAGCUUGAACCACCAGCCCCGGGUACUCUAACCGGCAUGGUUGACUUUGGCUCGAAUGACACUUUAUCCUUAUCCUCUUCUGGCCUUUUACGAGAGGAAUUCCUCAAAGAGCUUGGGAAGCACCCCGACUUUAUCCUCGGCGGAAGGGCAUCCCGUUGGGGUGAAGGCUCAACCGAUUACCUUUUCCAACUGGAAGAGCAUAUUGCCGAGUUCCAUAAAGCAGACAGUGCUUUGUUCUUCAACACUGGCUACGAAGCAAAUGUUGCUGUCUUUUCGACACUUGCCCAGCCGCAUGAUGUGGUGCUGUAUGAUAGCCUCGUCCACGCAAGUAUCCGAGAAGGAAUGUAUAGGAGCCGUGCAACUGCUGUCCCUUUUACCCACAACGACCUGGCAAGUCUACGCCAACGUCUGCUGGACACCAAAAAUCAGCAUGAAAGAGCUAGAUCGGGCCUAGCUCUUGUGUUUGUUGCACUAGAGCCUUUCUAUAGUAUGGACGGCGAUGUGGCACCCCUUGAGGCAAUUGUCAGGGAAGUGAAAGAGCAGCUUCCCCACGGGAAUGCUGUAUUUGUGAUCGAUGAGGCUCAUUCGACAGGACUGGUAGGCCCCUGGGGGUCAGGACUCGUGUCUCAUUUGGGCCUGGAAAAAGAAUUCUCUAUUCGAGUCCAUACGUUUGGCAAAGCACAUGGGGCUUCUGGAGCUGUUGUCUUGUCAAGCAGAGAGUGCAAGCAGGUCCUGCUCAGUUGCGUCCGUGGACUCAUUUUCUCCACUGCACCGACCUUCACCACGCUGGCGGCAGUCAAGGCUGGGUAUAGCAUUUUAGCAAGUAUUGAAGGUGAAAGGAGACGAGAUGUCAUACAGUCCAACAUAGAUCUCUUCUAUGAUGCUAUCAAAAAGCAUGUAUCAUGGCCAGACUGCCAGCACCUCGGUAUCAUCACCAUUCCAAUGAAGCCUGAAACAAAUACUGUCAAGUCACCAGUUAUCCCUGUUAUUGCUCCUCAUGGCGCAGCAGCAAUUCUAGGACAGUUUCUGUGCAAUGCAAAGUUUCGCGUUCUUGUUGUUCACUUCCCCGUGGUACCCAAGGACAAGGAGCGAGUCAGGAUCAACUUGCACGCGGAUCACACGUCUGAUCAGAUUUUUUCCCUAGUUGACCUGAUCCUCGAGUGGACUCAGUCGCGCCGAAAGGCUGGCAUGGCUCAUUUCCAUCUGUAA